AUGGCGGCCACUAAGGAAGACAUUGAAUCUCUCCAAAAAUCCAUGGACACUCUUUCCGAGCUUGUCAAGGGACUCUCCACUCGAGUGGAGAAAGUUGAAAAUAUCAAUGAACAAGUUCUGCCUAAGACUAUCAAGCGUAUCCAAGAGAAGCUAAGCCAAUUGUCCAAUGAUUAUAAGUAUCUUGAUAUGAGUACCAAGGGAAUCUCAUUGGAUAAGAAACUUCUUCCGAACAAGUUCUCUACCAUUGACAUUCUAAGUAUUGACAUUGAAGAUGAGCUCUUGAAAGCUAGGGUUAGUAACAAUGGAAACAAUGGCAAUAGCAGGAAGACCGACAAUCCUUCUUCCUCUUCUUCCCAUCAAAAUAUCAACUUCAUUAAUAAUGUCGAUGCCGAUGAAAUCUUGGCCCUUGACAAGGACACUUCAAAAACCAAGAAACCCAGAAGAGAAUUCACACCUAUUGGAAUAUCCUAUAAUGUCGCUUUCGAUCGUCUUUACGAUUGGGGCUUAAUCAAGCCUAUUGGUCCCACUGAAGAUCCAGCACCAGAAAAGCGAUCUUCAAGAUGGAAUCCCAACUCUUAUUGCAAGUACCAUCGAGGCAAUGGUCAUACCACGGAUGAAUGUUAUAGGCUUCAAAACCUUAUUCAAGAUCUCAUUGAUGCAAAUAACUUCCAUUCCCUCCAGCUGGCAAGAAGACUGGGUAACAAUGAGACAAGGCACAAGGCACCUCAUUUUUUAGGAUUUUCAUGA